CUUGGAUGGAGUGUUUUGCUUGAUGUUCGUUCGCGUUCUCUCUGCUAUCGAGAGUAUGAAUCCACACGUAUUGAAAUUUGCAGUAGGGUUGUGAUACAGAAGGUGUUUUGGCAGUUAAACGCAGGCGAUCAUGGCACAAGCCGCGCAAAUGAACGUCAAUGAAAUCAGCACUCCACUUCGGGUUGAACACGAUAAAAAACGACGGCAGUUCACUAUCAGACUAAACGGCUCUCAUGACCGAGCUGUUCUGCUGUAUGAGUAUGUGGGGAAAAAGACUGUGGACCUGCAACACACUGAGGUUCCAGAUGCAUUUAGAGGAAGAGGUAUUGCCAAACAUCUGGCAAAGGUGGAGUAUAAAGAGCAUUCCAUAAAAGCGGCAAUGGACUUUGUGGUGGAGGAAGACUUGAAGGCCCACCUUACCUGCUGGUACAUCCAGAAGUAUGUGAAAGAGAACCCCCACCCACAAUACCUGGAGCACAUCAUCCACUGAAACAGGCACAAAGAAAGGGGGUUGGUGGGGAGGGGGCUGGGGUGGAAGUUGGUGUGAGUGUUGGCGCACCUUGUCCGUCUCAACUUUCUGGGAAUGGGGUGGGAUGGGAUAUGCAAGCCAGAGGGUGGAUGUCUAACCCUCCACACGAGGAAAUGGUGAGUGUUCAUUAAGAACCUUAUUCUCUGUGUUACUGUGGAGUGGCUCACAGCCAUGGAGGACAAGAAGGAUGCGCACAGGAUGGUGGAGUUAGCACCAAUUAAAAAAAAAACUAAACAGAAAGAAACCCACUGGGGGACUCCACCAGCCUCUUCUACCUUCUGUCUCUCAGGAUAUAACGAGGUAGAGGACCCCCUCAUCACACAUGGAGGGGCCUGCUAUCAUGUCUGUCACAUACGAGAUGACUGUUAUGGAGUGAUGGAAUGACAGGCAGAACACGGUCAGGUCUUAAAUGACAUAUAGCCUUGAGUUACACUAUCAUGGAUUCUGCUAGUUCAUAAUAUUAUGUUACAUAUUGGCAGGUGUUAACAACUGCCUACCAUUCCCGAUGGGGAGCAAGAGAGGUUUGAAGGUCCCAAAUAUUUCAUCUUUAUGCUGUGGUGCCGGACCAUAGCAGCACAAACACACAUGUUUAAUUUGAUAAACCACAUACAAAAUGCCCUAUUCCCUGAACAUGGGAAGCUGUUUUUGUACUGUUUUCAUCACUUGAUGACUUUACUGCGUGUAGUCAGUAGAAUCUGUCUGGAUGAUGUCCACUGACACCAUCAGAGCCUUUGGAGAGUCUUAGCCAUGACUCCUAUGACAAUCCACACUGUCUACUUCAGGACAUGAAUCUUCAGGACUGACGUUUAUAAUGUCAAAUUGCUUUCAGUGCAUGUGGUUUCAGGUUUGUUUCUGCAAUUACUAUGUGUAUUAAAGUUAAAGGUGUGAGAGUGUGUGUGUGUGUGAGAGAGAGAGAGAGAGAGAUGCGUGUGCGUGCGUGCGUGCGUGCGUGUGUGUGUGUGUGUGUGUGUCUACCAAAAGUAACUGUGAGUGUUUGUAUGCUGUGCUAUGAAUGAAUGAGUGAUGAUGCUUAGUUUUGUGUGCGUGCUAGGGGGGAUUUCAUUUGAGAGUUCUAGGGCAAGUGUGCCUCUGACUUUUGUGUGUGUGUACAUCCUCUCUAUAAUAGGUUGACACCUUAUGUGCAUGUAUUUGUCUAUUGUACAAGAUCAUGUGUGUGCUAUGGUAUGUUGGAGAGAAUGUGAAUGCAGUUAUGAAUUAUUUUUUAUGUUCAUUUCACUGUUCUUUUCCUGUAGUAGAACUCUGACAAAACAGACUAGAGGUCAUUGACAGUCACUCUGGUGAAUCCAGAAGGACAAGAGCAGGAUAGGUCUGGUGUUUGAUUAUGAGACAUUACAAUGUGAUGGUGAUGUGCAUUACAGAACAGCUGCCAUCAUCUGUCAACACCUUUGUGUCCUAGGAAGGUAUAAAUGUCGGUGAUGGGGAAUAAACUGCUUGAAAUUCUAAAUGUUUAACCUUUAUGUACUUUUUUAAAAUAAAUAUAUAUGUAAAAGUU